UCGUGAUUAUAAACCUGGUGACGAAAAUAUGUGCUAUGAAAUUGUUAAAGAAGGAACUAUGUCUACAGUAAAUACUGCAUUUAUAAAUGGCCUGACAAGAGAAAUAACAUUUCAAUCCAUGGUUCUAUCAUCUGCACUUUUAUUCAUAUUUUUUGGACUUCCGUUUGGAUUUUGCCUGGCAUCUAUUCCAGGAGUCGUGGUUUUCAUGUACUUCUGUAUUUACUCUGGACACAAAUCAAAGCGUUACAAAUUCCAAGAUAUGUACAAUAUUCCUCGUGUCUACAUGUCUUCAAAGUAUACAGGUUUUUGGGUUGCUGAGGUUGAGCCUGCAGCAAAUUUCAAAAGUGGUCUAGUAAAAUGCCCAUUCUCAGUGAAAAAGAUUUUAACAGUAAAAAAUAUUGAUACCGCAUUAUACUUCAAAAAGAUUGUUGGAACAGUUGCGAUCAAGAAGUAAAAACAGCGAGGAUACGCAUGGCUGAGAAGAAUGGCGGUGUCAUCAUCCUACCAAAGGUUGGGCAUAGCAGCUGCCCUGCUAAAAGAAGCUUUGGACUUUUGUCAAGAUAAAUAUGUUGGAGUUGAAUUGGUAACAACUGAAUGUCACGAUGUUGCGCGGGACUUCUAUUUAAAAAAAGGGUUUGAAUUGAGGAAUAUGUUCACAAGCGAUUGGAAGGCUGUCAUUAAGACUGAAUUAGAUUUUAGAAAUAGACGUAAUGAACUAAGCUUACAUCAAAAAAAUUAAUAUUUACUACGCACAUAAUAAAUUUUAAUUUAUCGGUUAAAAAAAAAAACAGAAGCAAUAUACUUAGUUUUUUAAAGUUAUUAAUGUUUGAUAGCAUUCCAGCAUAGUAGAACAUUAACGGCAUAGCUUUUUUGAUCUUUACUCUCUUUAGAUUAGCUAUUUUCAAAUAAAAAACGUUGAUGAGUCACGUUAUUUCAGUUCAGUGUGCAGGGUGUAGUCGGCAUUCCAUUAUCUUAAUCAUCAUUACAAUGAGUGGUUUAUCGUGGAAGUGUGACUAAUUUUUUGCAAAUAAAACUAUUCCAAGUGU